AUGGCGCCGUCAGAGACCUCCAUCCUCAGCAAUUUUUUGCUGUCUGCGGCCUCUUUACCACAGGUCAUGUCAUUGCGACAGUUUACAGAGCUAUUUCCUAAGCGUCUGCGGUCUCAUCCGCAUAUCAGGGUUCUGUACCGUGAGCUACAGCAGCUCCGAGAACAAGAUAUGGACAUAGUCAAUGAAAAUAUUGACAAAGAAGUCCGUCAAGGGGAUAGUCAGAAAGCAGAACUCCGGAAGUCUAUUGCAAAAACCGGUGUUGAUGGCUCUAGCUCAAACGAUCAACGAGAAAUGGACAUGGAUGUUCAACUAUUUGGCUCUACGUCGGCUUCCUCUGCCGAGCAUCACACGGUCUCAAGCCUUCUGUCGGCAAUGGAGGCAGCCUGCGCUGAUAUCGAGCGUGAAGUAGCCGGGGUGGACGGAGAGGCGGCCAGCCUCCUGUCCGAGCUCAAUACUACCGUUGGUGACUUGAGUGAUCUGCGAUACGGGAAGAUGCACGGCUCCGUGGGGGCAACCGAUGAGGAGGUCGUUAGCGAGGCCAUCCGGGGACUUGAUAACCUCGAGGAUGCGUGCUAUCGUAAGAGCAGCGCUCCAUAG